AUGGCCAAUGAUGAUGUAGUAGAAGCCAUGGCUGAAGUAUUGAAGGAAGAAGAUUCCAUGGAGCUCAAAGAGCAGAAAAAAAAUUCAUGGCAAAGGUUACAGAGACAUGACUCUCUGGACAUCGAGUCCAGCUUGUUUCCAGGCCAUGACUCCAAGGCUGUGAAAUGGUCAGUGAUAUUGCAUCUAGCAUUCCAAAGUAUUGGCGUGGUGUACGGGGACAUUGGAACGUCUCCACUGUACGUGUAUGCGAGCACCUUCACAGAUGGCAUCAAGGACAACGAUGACAUCUUGGGAGUUCUUUCUCUCAUCUUUUAUACUCUCACCUUGAUUCCUCUCUUCAAAUAUGUCUUGAUUGUCUUACAGGCCAACGAUAAUGGCGAAGGAGGGACGUUUGCCUUGUACUCUCUCAUAUGCCGGUAUGCCAAGGUAGGUUUGAUACCCAAUCAGCAGGCCGAGGACGCUGACUUGUCAAAUUACCAGAUGGAGUUGCCAAACAAAGGUCUACAGAGGGCAUCGAGGCUCAAGUCCAGGCUAGAGAAUAGCAACUUUGCUAAGUACUUCCUCUUGUUUGCCUCAAUGCUUGGUACUUCCAUGGUGAUAGGGGACGGCGUUCUCACUCCCUGUAUUUCAGUUUUAUCGGCUGUUGAUGGGAUUAAGAUAAAGGCCCCACAUGCAAUGACAGAAGAUAGGAUUGUUUGGAUAUCAGCGGCGAUCUUGGUGCUACUAUUCAUGGUACAAAGAUUUGGAACAGACAAAGUGGGCUACAGCUUUGCUCCGAUCAUCUGCGUUUGGUUUGCCUUAAUCGGUGGCAUUGGCGUUUACAAUUUCAUCAUAUACGAUCCAACUGUUGCUAAAGCCAUAAAUCCAAAGUACAUCGUAGAUUAUUUUCGGAGGAAUAAAAAAGCUGCUUGGGUUUCCCUUGGUGGUAUUGUACUCGCUAUAACAGAAGAACUUGAGAGUGCCAAGGUCCUUGAUUCUGAAUUGAGAAUGCAAGUGAGCUUUUUCUUGGUUAAUUGCCUUAAUGUUGGGGCUGCCUAUGACUAUGUCAUCAACAUAAACAAGGAAGGCUAUGAAACCAUUCUCAUCAUUUUUGGUGAAGAAAGAGUAGUCUGA